AUGAAUAAUGCAAGCAUCCCACACCUAAGUUCUGGCAGCCAAGACGAGGGAGACCAAAGUAAGUGCAUAGCGAACAGAUUUUGGCGACAAGUCAACUACGGCAAGUACAUAAAUGUAUUCGAGUCCCAGAACGAUCGGGGCGAGUACACCCGCCGAAGUAAUGGCAUGUCAAAGGGAUUGAAGUUCAGAGGACUGUUGCAGACGCUCAAGUGUUUCACUGGCAGUUCUCCUCACUUCCCGAUGCGCGUAGCUGGGCUGGGAUUCCUCUUCCCUGGCGCAGGCUUUGUAGUCGUUUGCACAAUUCCUUCCAUUCUGGCUCUCGUCGUGACCCUGCUCGCGGUAGCAAUAUAUCAAUCCAACACGCGCGACGACAGAUACACAAAGGAGACCUUAAUGGAAUUCGUCGUUACAGAAAACGCAUGGUACGUGUACGACAUCCACCGCAUAGCCGACGCUGUCUUCACAACAUGGACUACAAACCUACACGCUCUACCCAUUUCCAGUGGCUUUUAG